AUGGCUUUCAACAUCUCAACCCUGCUCGCCUCCGGCUCCGAAUCGGCUCAGGAUUUGCCUUCUUCCGAUUCGAAUGGAGAUGAGAGUCCUUCUAUGGACGAAAAGGGAGAGUUGGACGCUUCAGCAAGUCACAGCCAGCAAGAAUGGGUGCAGCCGGGCAGCAGCGAAGGCGAAACGGCAUCCUAUGGAAAUGUGCUUUCACAAUGGAAUAAUUUGGCAUCAAGCCAAUUGGCAAUGUAUGCGAUCGCUCACGAUAUCAAAACUCCAUCGCUUGUGGAACUGCAGAUGCUUCUUGGAAUGGGAGCUCGAAAACACGAUUACAAAAGAUCAAGAAAGGCAAUUGGUGACCGGAAACCGCGCCAGGCAUAUACUGCUAGGCAGCUAGAGAAGCUCGAGAGCGAAUUUCAGAAUGACAAGUACCUAAGCGUGCAGAAAAGAGUUCAGCUUUCAAGAAGUCUCAAUUUAACUGAGACUCAGAUCAAGACGUGGUUUCAGAAUAGAAGGACCAAGUGGAAGAAGCAGUUGACCACUUCCAUCCGUGAGCUCUACAGAGACAGAGCCGUGCCAUCUCUAGCUUUACUGCCGUCCGUUCCCGUUUUUGAGCAAGCUCUAGUCACAAACACGACUCCAGUCGGAUACAGUGAAUUCUCCAAACAUUUUCCCGUUGAUAGUGGAAAACAACCGCAUACAAACUCAUAG